AUGAAGGAAAGGAGUGGUAUCAGAAUAAGGGUCAAAGGGUGUAUCCCUUCAAAUUCAGAUAAGAGGAAAGCGGUCCUCUAUGUUUGCACCCACAGAACUCUCUUGGACCCAGUGUUCCUUGGUACAGUAUUAAUGAAACCUCUUAUUGCAGUCACAUACAGCUUAAGUAAAGUCUCUGAGUUCAUAGCCCCUAUGAAGACAGUAAGGUUGACAAGAGACAGGGAACAAGAUGGAGAAACAAUGCAAAAACUACUAAGUGAAGGUGAUCUAGUAGUUUGCCCUGAAGGAACCACAUGUAGAGAACCAUAUCUCUUGAGAUUUAGCUCUUUAUUUGCUGAGUUAGCUGAUGAAAUUGUUCCUGUGGCAAUGAAUGCACAUGUGAGCAUGUUUUAUGGCACAACAGCAAGUGGGUUAAAAUGCCUGGACCCAAUUUUCUUCUUAAUGAACCCUUGUCCUGGUUACAAUGUUCAUUUCCUUGGGAAGGUACCCAGAGAGCUAACAUGCGCUGGGGGUAGAUCAAGCUUUGAGGUUGCCAACUACAUUCAGGUGGAACAUCUUUUUAAGUUGUGAGAUGAGAUACCCACU